AUGGGGACGCUGGUGGUGGGUGCUGAGCGCUAUGACGUGGUGGCCACGGUGGGGAAGGGGACCUUCGGGGAGGUGACCCAGGGCUGGCGGAGGAGCACAGGGGAGAUGGUGGCUAUCAAGAUCCUGAAGAACGAAGGCCACCGUGGCCAGGUGGUGAUGAACGAGCUGAGGCUUCUGCAGGCCUUGCGAGCAGUGGACGCAGAGGAGUCACACGUUGUCCGUUUCCUCGAGUCCUUCGGUGAUGGUGCCUGUACCUACCUGGUCUUCGAGCUGCUGGAGCAAAACCUCCUCGAAUUCCAAAAGCAGAACAACUUCUUGCCAUUGCCCGUCCGGCACAUCCGUACCAUCACGGCGCAAGUGCUGGCUGCACUGGUCAAGCUGAAGGAGCUCUCCAUCAUCCACGCAGACCUCAAGCCAGAGAACAUCAUGCUGGUGGACCACGCACGCUAUCCUUUCCGCGUCAAGCUCAUUGACUUCGGCUCAGCCAGCAUCUUCACUGAGGUCUGCCACAUCAAGGAACCCUAUAUCCAAUCCCGCUUCUACCGGGCACCAGAGAUCUUGUUGGGGUUGCCCUUCUGUGAGAAGGUAGAUAUCUGGUCUUUGGGUUGUGUGAUGGCUGAGCUUCACUUGGGUUGGCCCCUCUACCCCGGCAUCAAUGAGUAUGACCAGGUCCGCUACAUCUGCUCCACUUUGGGGCUACCACGGGGUGAGUUGCUCUGCACUGCCCGGAAGACGUGGUCCUUCUUCCGAUGGGUGCCGCAUCCCACCGGUUCCUGGCAGCUCAAACCACCAGGCAAGGAGAUGGUGAAGCCAACAGAGAGGAGGAAGUAUGUCUUCUCCUCACUGGAUCAGUUGGCGGCAGUGAACGUCCGCCUGACAUCUUAUCCCAGCCAGGAGGCACUGGCUGAGCACUGUGACCUGUGCGGGAUGGUGGAGCUGGUCAAAAGGAUGCUCACCUGGGACUCACAUAAGAGGAUCGUGCCCAGCGCCGCCCUUAGGCAUCCCUUCAUCUCCUUGCAGCAGGUGAAGUCCAGCUUUGAGGCCACCCAGUACUACCAGCUCUGCCAAGAGGACUUGAGGGCAUCCUGUAAGGAUGCCAGCGUGGCGCAGAUCUUCCCUGGCAUGGAGGGAGGUGCCUUCAUCCCGGCCGGCUGGUACAGCAUCCAGAAGGCCAUCACACAGAUGGAUAGGCUCAGUUUAGCUGAGCCGGUUGGGUACACGAGUGACAAAAGCCAGCAGGAGGUCUGCCAAGGCCCUAUCCCCACCCAUUACAGCACCCGGCACCGCCAGCAUCACCAGCGUCCCAAGACGAAGCCCACUGCUGGUAACCUGAUCACGCUGGGGUCCCCCAGCAGGCAGGAACAGCAUGGCCACUGCAGUGGCAGUGUGGUCUUUGGUGGCAUCAUGAAGCAGAACCUGCCUGGAAGACCCAACACCUCGUCCCACACCAAGAGAGCUCCAGUCAUGUGGUGUGACCCCACGCCCCCACGUCCCGUCCCCGUCCCCGAAGAUGGGCUCCAGGGGCCAGUGCGGGACCCCUCCGCUGUCCCCGGCAUGCUCCUCCUGGCACGGAGCCGGCAACACCCACAGCACCGCUGA